AUGAAAGCUGAUUUCUCAUCAUUGAAUAAUAGAGUGAAUUCUCACGUUGAUGCAAUCAAGCAACUAGAGGGUCAGUUAAGUCAACUUUCAGCACAAUCGGGACCCAAAGUAAUUGAGAAGGGUGAAGUUGUAUACACAACAACUUUGAGGGCUAAUGAUGACAAAAACUUGGUUGUGGUUACUCAAAGUGGAAAGGUAGUAGUUUGUAAUAUGAAGGGUAAUGAUGGGAUACAAGCUCAUGAAGAAGAGAAUCCCAUUCAAGCACCGGAAAAUCAUAAGCAAAGCCUUGCCGAAGAACUACAAAAAGGGAAAGGAAAGAGCACCUCAACCCCAAAGUUAGUGAAACCUCUUCCCAAAAUAAACCCUUCAUUUCCUCAACGCUUUAAGAAGAUAAAUGAGGAUGAGAAAUUCAAGAAGUACCUAUCAGUGUUCAAGAAACUUUCUAUAAAUCUACCGUUAAUGGAGGCAUUGUUUGAGAUGUUGAGUUAUGCCAAAUUCAUGAAGGAGCUAGUCACCAAGAAAACAAGCAUGGACUUCGAGACAACCAAAACUUCUCAUAAUUGUAGUGCCAUUAUGAAUAGUGAGAUGAUAAAAAAGAAAGAAUAUCCGGGAUCAUUCACCAUCCCUUGCACUAUCUGUAUGCUUCAAUUUGCUAAAGCCAUAUGUGAUUUGGGGGAAGUAUAA